AAAUAAUACAUGACUUUGCAACGUCGUCUGUUGAAGACGUCAAUUCAUUAUGUGCAGAAGAUAAAUUCCAGAUGUGAACAGAUUUCUGACAGUAAAUACUAAAUUUAAAAAGAUGAGCAAGAAAGAUGAUACAAAUGAGAAACUAGGAAUAAUCCAUGCAAGAAAGAAGAAAAUAGUUGUUGGUGUUCGUCAGCAACAACGACGAAUAAAAUUUGCCGUUAAAGAAAUGGAAGAACAACUGUUUCAAGAUUGUCGAGCACUGCCACAAUCUGCUACUUAUGAUUCCAACAUCAGUGAUUUAGAUCGUGUUGUUGUCCAACCUUGUUUGGAGUAUCCUGCAGAUGAAUCAACCAUGGAAGACAAUGCGAAUGCUGUUGACGAAACAAAUAAUGCUGCUAGUCCUGAAAAUGUGUCAUCUUCUGAUUACGCUGAGGCAACAGAUGACAAUUGGUGUAGUGACACAGAUUCUUACAUUGAACUGUAUGACAACUAUGACAACAAAAGGGAAAGCUGUGAAUACGAACAAGAUUCUGUCAAUGAUGCCACGCUUGACGAUGAAGACACUUUUGAUGUAGAAGACGACUCAUUGGAAAAAGAAAAAAGAAAAGAAGCUGUGACAAAGAGUUCUAUAGCAGAAUGGGUGAUUGAAUGCAACAUUCCAAGAUUUCACGUCAGCAACCUCCUCCGAAGACUGAAAUUAGACUGCGGCCUAUCAUUUCUACCACUGGAUAGCCGAACUCUUCUUAAAACUAUGAGGAAUAAGCCCAACGUCCGAGUCGUACCUCCUGGACAGUAUGCCCAUUUUGGUCUAGUUAAUGGCUUACUUAGUUUGUUGUCCUACCAUAAAAUCGAUAACACGGUAACAAAAAUUAAAAUCGUGUUACACAUUGAUGGAAUCCCUAUAGCAAAAAGUAGCGGUAGCCAGUUUUGGCCCAUUCUUUGCUCGAUUUAUGGCUAUGACAAAGUUAUCAUCAUCGGAAUAUAUCAUGGAUUCAAGAAGCCUGAAGACGUGAAUCUGUUCAUUUUAGAGCUCGUUGAAGAAGCCAAAGUCGUUCUUAAAGAUGGAUUGAAAUAUGGCGGUCGAGUACUUGAAGUGGAAAUAGCAGCUCUCGUGUGUGAUGCUCCAGCAAGGUGUUUGGUUACAAGUGUUGUUUCACACAACGCAUACUAUGGCUGUCACAAAUGUGAAACGAAAGGUGUCUGGAUACGAAGCUCUGUGCUAAGCAACUAUGGAGGUCGGGUGACAUAUCCCAAUGUAAAUGAUCGUCUACGUACUGAUGAAUCCUUCCGUACGCGCUCGCAGUCAUGCCAUCACAAAAACGGGAGAUCAAUAAUUGAAGAAUUGCCCUUUGAUAUUGUUAAAAAGGUACCUGUAGACUACAUGCACAAUGUCUGCAUUGGUGCUGAAAAAAAAUUACUCUGCACCUGGAUAUCUGGAAAAAUGGAUGGAACAAGACUAACAAAAGAACAAGUGAUCUCAGUUUCUAAUUUUCUAGUCUACAUAAAAAGAUACGUUCCUGUUGAAUUUCCAAGAAAAACUAGAACUCUAGACGAUUUCCCACACUUAAAGGCUACUGAGCACCGAAAUCAUUUACUUUACUUCCUUCCCGUCGCUCUUCAAGGAGUCCUUCGCCAAGAUAUGUAUAACCAUUACAUGUUAUUUCACGUGUCCAUCAAGAUACUAACAAACACGCACAACAGUCGAACCUACGCUAGCUAUGCAGAGAUUCUUCUAAAAAAAUUCGUACAGGAUUGCGUUCAAUUUUAUGGCCGAAAAUUUAUCAGCUAUAACAUCCACAACUUGAUCCAUCUUCCAAGUGAUGUUCAAGAAAUUGGCUGCCUUGAUAGCUACAGUGCGUUCCCAUUUGAAAACAAGCUUCAAUCGAUCAAGAACUUAAUAAGAACAAGCGCAAAUCCUCUAUCACAAAUGAUAAGGCGUGUAAAGGAGAUAGAAGAAAUUGCGACUGAUGUUUAUGCUCCAGUGUUAUCAAAAGAGGUAGUGUGUUCACAUGUACAUUCAAAUGGACCAAUUCUUCCUGAUUUCAGAGGUGUUCAAUUCAAGAAUAUGAAGUUCCAAAAUUGGGAAAUCGGAGUAAAACGUCCUAAUCACUGUGUUUUCUUAAAAGACGGAAGUGUAGCUUUGAUAAAGAAUAUUCUGAAAAGUAUGGACGGUAAAAUUUCGAUUCUUGCCAAAAAAUAUUUGAUCCAAGAUUGUCUUUUCGUUUCUCCUAUUCCUUCAAGGGAUUUCCAAGAAAUCGUAGUGUCUGAAUUACAUUCUGAUUACCAACUUCAUGAUGUAUAUUUCAUCGCAUGUAAAGCUAUCCGAUUUCCGAUUACCAAUCCAAAAAACGGAAAAUAUUAUGUGGCCCCACUCCUCAUGUCAUAGUUGUACAUUAGAGUCUAAUGAUAGGUCCCUCUUCUGUAAUAAACAAUUUAUGAAUUGG